GUUAGCGGCGUCGGCCAUCUUGGAUCACAUCACUGUUUCAGGCAACGCUGAGACAUUGCUUGAGCUUACUGCUCAUUGAUUGACAUCAUAUCUUCAAUUAAAAAGCUAAAUCAGUGUUUGCAUCCUCAUUUAACGACGACAGCAGUCGUAGGUUUGUUUUAUAUUGCUCACUGAGUGGUGAAGCAAUCUCGGGUUUCUUGAAAGAACCGUUAUGGCGACUGCUACCCCAAGUCGUGAAGCUGGCCGGUCGGCGGCCUCUACACCUCUUUCACCGACCCGGAUCUCUCGCUUACAAGAGAAACAAGAUUUGCAGCACCUGAACGAUAGGCUCGCGGUGUAUAUCGACCGUGUCCGGGCAUUGGAACUGGAGAAUGACCGGCUAAUGGUCAAAGUGUCUGAGAAAGAAGAGGUGACUACUAGAGAGGUGACUGGCCUGAAGGCUCUGUAUGAGGCUGAGUUAGCUGAUGCUCGACGGGUUUUGGAUGAAACUGCUAAAGAGAGAGCGAGGCUUCAGAUAGACUUGGGCAAGGCGCAGGCUGAACUGGAAGAAGCCACACGCAGUGCCAAGAAGAAGGACAGUGAACUUGCAGCCGCAGUGUCCAGGGCCAUUGGUUUGGAAGGCCAGCUGAACAAGAGUGAAGCAGCUCUUGCUACAGCUCUAAGCCAGAAUGCUGCUCUUACUUCUGAGCUGGCAGAUGUCAAGAGCCUGCUGGCUAAGGCAGAGGACAGCCAUGCUGUUGCCAAGCGCCAGCUGGAGGCAGAGACACUAAUGCGCGUAGACUUGGAGAACCGCUGUCAAUCCCUGAGUGAAGAGCUGGAGUUCAGGAAGAGCAUGUUUGAGGAGGAGGUGCGUGAGUCUCGGCGUCGACAGGAGCAGAGAAUAGUGGAGGUGGACUCUGGAGUCAGACAGGACUUCGAGGUGAAACUAGCACAAGCUUUACAGGACCUGAGGAGGCAACAUGAUGAGCAAGUGUCUCUUUAUAAGGAAGAACUGGAGCAAACCUUCCAGGCCAAGCUGGAUAAUGCCAAGGUGUCCUCUGAGAUCAAUGACAAGGCAAUGAGCACAGCUAGGGAGGAGCUGCAGGAGUCCCGUAUGAGAAUAGAGAGUCUUGGAUAUCAGCUGAGUGCUUUGCAGAAACAGGCAGCUGCCUCAGAGGAUCGUAUCAGAGAGCUGGAGGAAAUUCUGUCAGCAGAGCGAGAGAAGCACCGCCGUGCCAACGAAGGAAAAGAACAAGAGAUGAGCGAACUGAGAGAGAGGAUGAAUGCUCAGCUCAGUGAAUACCAGGAGCUGUUAGAUGUGAAGCUUGCCCUAGAUAUGGAGAUCAACGCAUACAGGAAACUGCUGGAGGGAGAGGAGCACAGACUGAAGCUGUCCCCCAGCCCAUCGUCUCGAGUCAGUGUUUCCAGGAUAACAGGAUCUUCCUCCUCCCGCUCCUCCAAGAGGAAGAGAGUGGAGUCCAAGGAUGUCCCAGAGGUGGGAAGAGGAGAGGGGCAGCUGCUGGUGUCAGAAGAGGCCACAGCUAGUGGAGCAGUCACCAUAUCACCCACUGACAUGGAUGGAAAUGCAGUCACACUGACCAAUGAUACGGAGCAGGACCAACUUUUGGGCAACUGGAGGUUGAAGAGACAGGUUGACAAUGGGGACGAGGUCAUCUACAAAUUCUCUCCAAAGUUUGUGCUCAAGGCUGGACAGUCAGUCACGGUGUGGUCUGCUGAUGCUGGUGUGGCCCACAGUCCACCAUCUGACUUGCUGUGGAAGAGCCAGACUUCCUGGGGAACAGGAAAUGACAUAGUUACCACUUUAAUCAACACUGACGGCGAGGAGGUGGCCAGAAGGAGUGUAACCAAGACUCAGGUGGAGGUAGAGAACGGAGAGGAAGAGGAGGAAGUGGCACAAACAGGCAAGGUGUCCUCCAGAGAGUGUGCCAUCAUGUGAAGCCUUCCUGUAUAGUUGACCGCUUUGACUUCCCCAUUAUAUAUAUUUUUUCUCUAGAACUACCCAGACAUGAUCAUGUCCAUUGCCUCAUCUUGGUGUUUUUAUUGUUCAAGACAAUAUAACAAUUUUUGGACUAAUGGACUGUUUUUACUGCCCUCCACAUUUCUGGACCUGCUUUAAUAUGAAUCCUUUCCCUAACAAUUUAUAGCCAAUGUCUGUGGCUCAGGCAAAUAUGAUGGAUCCAGAUAUUCAGUCAAACUGUGGAGUUGCAGCUGAAUAUUCCCACCUGUACUAAUAGUACUUGUACCUACAUGUCAGUGAUUCAUUCCACCGGAUGUCAUUCAUUCUUCUGCGGUAAACAUUUUGGUUUUAUCCCUCAUCUACUGAAAUCAACUAAAAGAACCUGUUAUUUGAGUUCUCAAGGUAAAGGACUUGCGCUGUGUGGCCAUAGACAUUAUUAAUAACUUGAGUGUUGAACAAAUGAUGAACAACUCUUAAUUGAAUCCCCCCUCAAAAAUCAAGACUUUUCUGGCCAAUAGGUCCUUAUUUUUCUCUGUAUUUUCUAUGUAGGUCUUUCUUUGAAAUAUUUGCAUAGGAAUGCAGUGGAAAUUACAGAUUGAUCAAAAAGCCUGUUGAAAUUAUGCAGUCUUUCUUUAUUAUGAAUUCUCCGAAUUCCCCAAUCAAAACUUAGCUUGUAAAUCGACUGCUAGUUUGCAAGUCGCAAGUUUUGAACUUGAGAGGUCAGACCACACAGAUGAACUCCAAACCUUGGUCUUUACAUGACCAGCUGGCCCGCCAUCCCUGUAAUUUGUCUCUGUCCUCAUUUCCUUCUCUCUUUUUGUUUAAAGAUAAUGACAUGUGAUUGUCCAUCUGAUUUUAGUCUAACUUGGCAGAGCUGAAUUAAAGAAAGACAUUGCUGGAAAGGUUUGAACCCUUGUGAUGCUAUCUCCCAGUUCUGCAUUAAAGCUGUGUUUCACAGUUAGCUGUUGCUAUUACCUGUAGGGGCUCCUUCCAGCACAGCCAACUCUUAAACAGAAACAGUACUGGUUCAUUUUGACUGACAAUCUUUGACUUCUGAUAGCAGUGGAAGUGGAUAAAGUAGAGAACAGGUUAUCCGUCCUGCCUUUUGUGGUCUGUAGUGCAAAGAAAAUGUUGUGUGUCAUGGAAAACGUGCUAUUAAUUCAGUGACUCCUCCAAGUAGCCCAACAAAAAUUUUCAGGUCAUGAUAUGAAGAGUUUUUUUCAAAUUCCUGACAACCGCUUGUGUGUGUUCUUGUUGACCGUGAGUUCACUAAUGUUUUAGUUCUGAUUCAGUCCACCAAUACUUUUGAAAAAUAAGUGGCUCUCAGGCUUGCUAGAUGUUCAAUCUUCUUUAGCCCACAAGAAUGAGCUGAAGCUGCCGACGUCAAACAGGAAAUGCGUGUAUAGAGACAGGAAAAAAUGUUUACUGAAACUUGCCUUUAGCUCGUAAUCCUAUAAUUAGCAGUGUAUGGAACCAAACAGCAGACGAGAGUCCCUUUUUUUUUUUUUUUUUUUUUUUUUUUUUUUUUUUUUUUAACGCCCCAUCCUGGAGUCAAAUUGGGCAUGUGGGUUUGUGGUUUUGAUCCCCAGCUGGGCCUCUGAAAUAAUAUGCUUAAAAGAUAAGCCUUGGGACAGGCUUUAUCAAUCUGAAAUAUUAAACUGACAUAACUUUGCCUCCAUUUUUGAGUACACACAAGGUAAACUGAGAAACUAACAUUUGAGUACAUAAUGCGAUAUAUGAGGUGAUUUUUAUUUUUUUUGAUUGAUUGCAUCAUGCUUUUUUUCUCUUACAUUAUUUUGGAAGUACAAGUUUUGCUCACAACUUGUGUGACAUCUGGAAACUAAUUUUUAUUGUGUUUGUAUGCUGUGUUACAUUGCUAGUUAUUUUUCUAUAUAGUUCUUGUUUAUGUAAUCGAUUUUACAUGUUUACAUACUACUUUUUGUUUAGGAUUUCUUGGGUGAUUUAAGGUUUGGUGUGCAUGACCUUACAGGGGUAAAACAAACAAACAAAAAAUCUGGACUCUAAUAAGACAAUACUGAACAAUACUCCUAUAGUGUUUUGCUGAGAGUUUUAAGUCGUCUCAGUUUUUUAUUGGCAGAAGAAACUUCUUGUCUAGUGGUAUUCUAAUUUGAAUAUUUCAGUUACAUGAAGUCUGGAAGUGUUAGACUACCUGUGACUACUAAGUUAAUAUUUGAUUUGAUUUUGAUUUGCUCUAUAACAGUGGUUCUCAACCUGCAGUCCCCAGAAAAAUGUGGGCUGUAUUAAUUUACAAAGAAAUGUAUAAGAAUAACACUUCUGUUAAUGUUUCACACUCUUUACUGUUAAUCUGCCAAUCUACAGUAUAGACAGUUAUAGAAUAACUAGAUCUUAUUAAAUACAGGUCUGCAUCCUGAUGUGUAUGAAUUUGGGCGUCCUUAACACCAAAAAUGUUUAGAACCAUUGAUCUGUAGAACACAGGAAUUGCAAGCUUUCUAUAUGAUGGUAAUUUAGUCCCUCCAGGACUUCUCAAUCUCAGUCAAUUAAUGCAAAUUCAACCAAUCCCUGCCAGACCUUGCAGGUGUGUUUUUUAUGUAUACCAAAUUGCUAUUGUUCACAUAAUUGCAUUUAAAAUUUAACAUAAUUCACAAUUUUUAAAUUAAAUUUAAUAUAGAAUUUUAGAAGAAUUAAGCUUCAAACUCAACAACUUCCUUGGAAGUACAUGGAAGAGUUAUUUGCCUUCUGAACCUUUUGUUGCAUAUUACUAUGCAUGACCAUCAGUUUUGUUUGGUUUGUUUUUUGUUUGUUUUUUUGCAGCUUUUUUAAACUUAACUAUAAUCACGGUAGAGUUUUUGAAAGUAACACAAGCUUUCUGACGAGCCACUGGAAAUUCACUUUUGGCUGUGUAAAUUAAAAAGAUCUGGAGGGACCGUUACUUGGUCAAGACUAGUUCUGCUACAAUGUAGAUAUUGACUGUGAUAGUUCUAUUGAGAGAACACCCAAGUUUUAUUCACUAAAAUGGAGACCUGUUAUUCAUGUGGGGGUGGGGGGGCCAUGUCAAAUGUCAGUUUUCAUUUAUGGUUAACUGUUGAACAUUUUGUACACUCAAUAAAUGUUUUACAUAUA